AUGGGAGGUUUGUUUGAAUUCAGAGAUAAUAUCCAGGACUCAUCUCUUUUCUUCCAGGCCUGCCUUGACUUCCAGUGUGUGAAUGCCUCAGCUCUACUUCCUGUGGACCUCCACUGUGAUGCCAACAGCACAUGUAACAGCCGGGGGGUGUGCAACAACCUGGGCCACUGCCACUGUAAUGACGGCUGGGGACCUCCUUACUGUGCCAAGUCAGGGAGAGGGGGCAGUGUGGACAGCGGGCCUGCACAGAUAGAUUAUUCCCUGAGGGACGGCCUGCUGAUCUUCUUCCUGCUGGUGGUUCCCAUCCUGGUGCUCCUGGUGUUAGUGCUGCUCUAUGUGUUUAGAAGGGAUACCCUGGAAAGAUGUCUCAAAGGACCACGCUCCAGACGCUCCAGGUCAGGGAACACAGCGAAUGGCCAAGCGAAUGGCAAUGUCCCGAAAACACCAACUCCACAGCCCCUGGCAACACAGGCCUCACCCCCUCAGCCAAUGCCUACAUAUCCACCAUCCUCUACCUCAGGACCCAGGUAUGGAGAAAACAACAAUUGGAACCAACCUCCUGCCACCCAGCCACCUCUGCCCCACCAAGGACCAGGUGUUCCCAAACCUAUCCCUCCCAAGCAUUAACCCUGACCCUAACCGACCUCCUGCCACCCAGCCGCCUCUGCCCCAGCAAGGACCAGGUGUUCCCAUCCCUCCCAAGCAUUAACCCUAACCCUAACCAACCUCCUGCCACCCAGCCACCUCUGCCCCAGCAAGGACCAGGUGUUCCCAUCCCUCCCAAGCAUUAACCCUGACCCUAACCAACCUCCUGCCACCCAGCCACCUCUGCCCCAGCAAGGACCAGGUGUUCCCAUCCCUCCCAAGCAUUAACCCUAACCCUAACCAACCUCCUGCCACCCAGCCACCUCUGCCCCAGCAAGGACCAGGUGUUCCCAUCCCUCCCAAGCAUUAACCCUGACACAAACACCCCUUCCAACAUAAUGGGGCUCUUCCCUUAUUCGUUAUUGUAAAUUGCAUAUUUGGAUUUUACUCACAUUGUUUGUUAGUUUGUCGGUAUCUCAACAACAAUAUUUAAACCAUUUUAUUGCAGGAACAUGAUUUGGUGACAGGGACUUUUUAAGAUAUUGCUUUUUACAUUAUACUACAGAAAUGAAGGUAACAUGUUUUGUAAUAAAAGUAUACAUAUUGUUGAUAUUGUUAAGUUCCACAAAGGCUCAAUUUAUUUUAUGAGCUGUUUACAAGAUUUUUUAUAUAUUUAAAUGUUACUCCUAAUAAAUAUUGAAUAUAAGAUUUCUA